AAGACACUUCCACUCCCCAACGGUCUUCUUCUUCAUCGUCUCUGCCCCUCUCAAAGAUUCAAUCUUUCACUUCCAAUCUUUCAAAAUGAGUCACGUAACGCGCUCCAAAUCCUCGUCGGAAAGUCAAAACUGGGAGCACAUAUUCAACGCCAUGGUCAACAUUCUACAGGAGCAGCAGUCCCAGCUGGAGACGAUGGCCAAGGACCGCAAGAUGCUUGCGGAUCGGAUCAGAACCGAACACGAGAAGUGGGAUUUUAACGUUAGACUGUUGCAGGAUCAAAUUGCCCAGUUGGACGCGGAUUUGGUAAGGCAGGAGAAGGUUGGUGUGGUUGAGGUGGCCAAAUUGGAGUUGCUUCUGGGCAUGAAGGAAAGAGAGGCUGGUCUCUUCAGAUUUCAAAAAGAGGAAUUACAGAGGGACUUGGACGAUUUCGUAACAUGGGUUAAAUUACGUGCCGAAGGGGCUAGUGAUCCAAAGGUAGACGGGGAGAGCAGUAAGCGAAAAGGAAGAAAUGAUAGCAGUGUAAAGUCGUUGUCCAGGAUAGGAAGCGGAGAAAAGAGGCUUUCUAAAGGUUCGGAUGAUGAUCUUAAGAAGUUACAGCAGGAAUAUGAUAAGCUUGCGCUGGAGAAGAGAAAUGAGGUAUCUGCACUCUUGGCGCAGAAGAAAUUUGUGUGGAAUCAGUAUAAUAUUAUGGAAAAAGACUACGAUGGUAAACUAAAGAGUAAGCAGUCUGAAGUUGACCAGGCUAAUGAAAAGGUACAGAAUCUUCUUGCCAGUAUGGAGCAGUUACAGUCAGCAAACAAAGAAAAGGAUGAUAAGAUUGCAUUGUUAGAAACCGAUUUCACCAAGCUGAAGGAAGAAAAUUCUAAAGUUGUAAGGGAACUGGAGUCAUUCAGAAAGUCAGUUAGUGCUUCUGCCACACCUGUUUUGAACCAUUGUUCAGCUCGAACCCGAGCAUAUAACUUGAGAGGCAAAAAUGGUGCUCUGGAUAGAAGUGUUGUGACAGUCAAGAACGAGUCAUCUGCUGCACAACUUACUGAUCCUUCCAGGAACACCAAACUGGGGAGGAGCAGUUCAAAGAGAAAUGGAGAUGAUGUUACAUCAACUGAGGGAACUGUAAAGUUGUUCACGUCCAGUUUUAAAGUACCGAAAGUGAAGAGUCAUUUUCCUUCAUCAAGUAAAUCUUCGGCAUCAUCUUCCAGAGGGGGGUAAUAGUCUGUUGUAUUGUUCUCUUCAUUUGUAGGUAUUGAUUUAUUUACAUGUAAAGCGUGCGGUGAUUUUAGGUUCUAGGGCGAGUUAUAUAACUAUUUUAACUUGCAGCUUGUAAGAUUGUAGCUUUUGGAUCUGUCAUAGAUGGCAGACAGCAUUUGGAAUGCAACAUGAUCGUAGCUGCAUCCAUUAUAUGUUAGCCUUCACAUUUGUGGUGUAAAUUCCCACCAUGGCAACAACUCUGUAGCUUGUCUCAGCUAUCCCAUUACCUUGUCUCAGGCUCU